UAAAUAAUAAUCAAAGAAGAAGAAAAAACAACGAAGAAGAAAAAACCCAAAAAAUAAAUAAAUUUCAAACUGUCAUCGUGCUUUAUCUCAGGAGGUCGCAUGAUCCUUGCAAGGAUAUCACACUCUUGAAAAAUGGCUUCUGGGUUCAAAGUUUUAAAAGGACCACACGGAUUAUCCACUCUUCAACAAGCUUUUAAAUGCAUCGCAGUACAGUCUGUGACAGGUUGCCUUCUCCAGAAGUUUUACAGCGUGACAGCGAAUGAGAAUGGUGCCAAAGGAUCUGUGAACGCUGAGAACAUGUCUCUUCUGGAAAACUUGAAUCUCUUGGGGGUGGACGUGAAGAUGGCACGCCAGCGUCAACCCGGCGUUCUCCGUAGGAUCUUCACUAACGAGCAAGGCCUGGCUUCGUUCCUGCAGGGCAAAGGUGCCAGCCGCCAGUCCGUGGCCAGCAUCAUAUCGCGUUACCCUCGUGCCAUCACCCGCUCCCUGGAGCAUCUGGAGCAGCGCUGGCAGCUGUGGAGGAACAUCUUCCAGACCAACGAGGAAAUUGUGGCCAUCCUGGACCGCUCACCGGAGUCUUUCUUCCGCUCCAGCGACAACAACAACUUGAAGAAGAAUAUAGCGUACUUGUCUUCGCUCGGGCUCAGCAACAAGGACCUCCAUCGGCUGCUAGCCACUGCACCUCGCACCUUCUCAAACAGCCUGGAGCUCAACAGACAGAUGGUGGAGUUUCUGGAAGACGUCUGUGUGGAGCUAGGCGGGACUGGUCCCAAGGAGUUUGCCAAAGCGAUCAUCUCCAGAAACCUCUAUGUUCUUAUCCGGAGCACAAAGAGAGUCAAGGCCAACAUCGAUAAUCUGCGAGCUACUCUGAAACUGAGCGACGCAGAGUUUCUGACAGCGCUUCAAGGGCCGCUUGCAAAAAUCCUGGACCUCUCCAACGAGUACUUGAAAAAUAACUUGGCCACCCUUCAGGCGAGGCUGCUUGCGCUGGGUUCUUGCGAAGAGGAUGUCAAAAAGUUGAUUAUCGGCUAUCCAACGGCUCUGUACAUUGGGGCAGCGACGCUGAGCACUAAACUGGACUGUCUCCUUGAAGGAGGAAUCACCAUGAAGCAGAUAUUGGACAGGCCCAAGGUGUUGGACUACAGCACGAAAAAUGUCGCUGCCAGACUCGAGGAGCUCCGUGGGAUCAGCUAUGACUUCAAAGCGAACGGGAUCGGCAUCCUGGACUUGAGUCGGAAGCGAUUUUCAGCCAAGAUCGAAAAAUUAGUCACUUCCACUGAUGAGUGAAUGUAGCUUGUUGUGUUCACUUAGUGUUCUUACUGUUGAAAGUGGCUUCCAGACUUCAUGUAUAAUGAACCGUAAAUAUGCGGGGUAUUGCUCUAUAUCAUUAAGAUAAGCACAUUCAUCAUCAAAUGAGACUAAGAAGACAUCAAGAAUACUUAUAAUAAAAACCAUGAAAUCCCCAAAA